UUGACAUAUUUUGAUUCCGUGCUCUGUGAGCUUGGUUUUUAUUAAUUUUCUGACUAAUAUUUACUUUCUUUAAUAAUAUAAAAGCUGUGAAGCUAUACAAUGAACACGCAGGCUAAAUCCACUGCAUUAUCUGUGGAUUUAAACAGUUUCAUUUACGGCGUAUCGCGAAGAAAUUUUCAAAAUGCUCCUGAUCUGACGAAAAUUGGUAUUACCCUGUUAAAGAACUUCCCAGCGGCUAGAGAUGCUGUACUGGAAUACUUUGCAAUGGUAUUCCAUGACGCGGUCAACGUAUCUAUAAACCAAGCGGACUAUGAACCUGAUUCAUCUAACAAUGGUUCACUUGAGAGUGUCAGUAUGAUUGGACCGGAGCUUUGUAGCUUGGGUGAAUCUUGGGCACCAUUCAUUGCUCCUUGGUGCAUCAAUCUCAUUAUGGAUAUAGCUACAGAGAAGGCCAACUUACCAAAUACCACAUUGCAGAAUACAGAAGCAGUAAGAGUGCUGUUAGAUAUCACCACCCAGAAUCUUACUUUACUGAAAGCUGAAGAAAGAGCCAAAUGUAUUGACAUGAUGUUAGGUUGUCGUGCAUGCUCAUGGGCAGUGGGGUGGGUGGGUCGUGCUGAGCCAGCGUUGGUUGCUCCAAGAGCGUUGACCCUCAGCGCUGACGCGGCUCGCGCUGUGUUGGCUCAUCUGGCAAACCAUCCUCCUGCUUUGUUCCACGUCAGGGCGGCAUUGGUUGAUUUGUUUCAGGAAGCUAUCAGAGAAGACAGUAAAGUUGAGUCGAAGAGAGAUGUUAUUCCUUAUUUAUUGACCCUUGCUUCAAAAUCGGAUAUUGUAUUGAAGGCUCUUACGCAGGACAUAGAAAGAACUUUGACAGACGAUGUUAUGGACAGACUGUGUGCAGUAUGUACCACCCACAGACACAGUGGACCGUGGGAUGGCGUUGGUCCCGAUUCGCUCGUAGCGCUGCUUCUGAGGUCCGAUGUCCAUUGCUUCUUACUGCUUCUGAAGCACGCCCAGAAGAAUUUAUUCUGCAGGCAAUUAUUGGAAUACCUUCUCCAAAAACUGGAAUACGAAAGUCUCUUCCCAGAUUCGAAUCUAACGCUUGUGAUGAGUGCCGCUGAAGAAAUUAGCAUCAUUAGGGAGAAACUGUUGGUGGGCAACCAGUUGGAGCAGUAUUCUAUUGCCAGGAUACUUAUUAUAGUCAGUUACAAUCUACCCUCAGAAUUUGUGAGCACAAUCAGCUUCCUCCUCCAAUACUCUCGAAGCGAUACAACUUUAGCUCUCCUUGUACGAAUCAUAUCCGGUACAAUAAAUUUACACACCCCGGCAGACUGCCCGGAUGUGAACAUGGACACAGAGAGAUACCAGGGGUUCAUAAAAACCGGGGUAGAGUAUGCUUUGAGAGACGCCAUGAUGGCUGACACUCAAGUCAACAAGUGCUUCGUUCAAGAUGAAAGCUUUGACUUUAAAACUAACCUGUAUCACUACUGCGCUAACAUUGUUAAGCUUCUGAGGUGGGAGAAUUCAAAUAAAGUGUCACAUUUGCGCACUCGACCAAUCGGAUGCGCUGUAGAAGCGAAUCUGUACCGGAUUGGCGGAGCGCUACAAGAUUAUGCAUCUAUACUUCGAGUGAGAAAUGCCUGUACGUUGGCUAGCUUGGAUGAGAUGCCUACAUGCCAUGCUCUAGCUGAGGUACUGGAUAGAGCGGACAUGUCUGGCACGAGGUCACCGCCGCCCAGUGUCGAAGUGAUCUUAAAAGUUGUACAGGCAACUGUGAAAUAUUUCUUCCGCUGUCUACAUGAGGAAGAAAUAAUGGCCAAACUACGUGGAGUUCAGACAGCUUGCCGUCUUUUACGCAAACUGUGCCUCAACAGUAAACUAGCGAGAGCGGUUGCGUUGAGAGAUUUGCUCGAAACGGCUAUGUUCAGAGAGGACAAGAUCUUUGGUAGUAAACCUGUGGUCACUAACACUAUAGCUGCACCUCAAAAAUGGAGCCAUGACGAACUUCUUAUACAUAUGAAUCAGAAACACGGUCCCAUAACUCAACUAACACAAAGUCACACGUCAGUGUUUCACGCGGGCAUCAUAGGCAAGGGAGUGCGAAAACAAGGCAGUCUGGACGAAAACGAUAUACCUCCAAUACUUACCACAAACAACGAGUUGUUGAUGGGGGCGCUUAUGUCCUGUAUGGAUGGUAACAGCGGUGUGGUGGAAGGAGCCACGGCUGUAUCUUUAUUGCUUGUCGAGCUCGUAUCGCCCGAUGUGAUGUACAACGGACUGCCUUGGCCUGAUGAAGAUUUCACUAAGCAAGUGAGCAUAGAACGCGAGCUGUACAUGCGUUGCGCCGUAGAGAGAUGCGGAGUGUCCCGCGCUGCCCUGAGAAGGAUAGCCCGCGCGAGACCCUCUUUGUGUCUCGCUUCGGCUCUACUGAGAGCAACCGCUGCGUCACUGUUGCAUCGGUUAAGAGCACAUUUGGAUAGACACAAGCAAUCUGCGGAAAUGGCGUCUGAAAUGAUCGCGCUGACUGAGCUGCUCUCGGUGAUGACCUUGGGACAGUUGUUGCCACACCCACUUAGCCACAUCCUGGAACUGUCGCCUGAACUGACUGCUAAUGAGAUUGUUCAAGUGUUACGUGAUUGUAUAUGGAACUACACGCGUGACCACGUGCCGUCGCCUGCGCUGUUCAGUUGCGAUUCAACAGGUUUGCAUUGGCGUGAUCCAUCUACCUGCAAGCCGGUGGCUACUUACACGGAUACUUUACGAAUCAUUAUUCAGAAAAGAAUAUCAAAACUAGGUCACAUGUAUCCUAUUAUGUUUUUAAAUCUCGAGAAAUAUAAUGUAUAG